GUACGUGCACGCGCGCGCACUGGAUGUUCCGUCCCACUUCGUGUUGUGUUUGUGCGCGCGGUCACACAGCUCGAGACUGUGGGAUGAAUUGAGGCGGGCGGACGGUCAGGAGAAAAGUAUGUGCACACAUGGACCGCGAACAUGGAGGAUUAUGAAAGACAACGAGACGGCGGCGCUGUCAUUUCCUACGACUGAAUUCAGCGGUGACACCAAGUGUGAGGCUGUGUUGUGACCGAAACAAGCGUUAGCGGAGCGGCACGCAGCUGCGGGAUAUUCGCACAACAAUGGCGACUCCCCACCACUGAGGAACUUUACUGGACUGCACCCCCCUCCUCCCUCUGUCCCCGACACCUGGACACAACUAUUUCCUGUCUCCUUUUUCCUUUUACCAACCUCUUGAAGCCUUCCAAACUGCCUCUACCCCCCUCCCUUCCAAAUCUCCUCUUGGUUUCAAACAUGGACUCCUCUGGAGAAAUCCCCUCAGCCCAGGAUGAACAUCUCAGCCCCAGGAGCAGCCCCAGCCGCUCUGAUCUCAGUGGACUGUACCAUCUGGGUCGGACGUUGGGCAGGGGGCACUUUGCUGUGGUUAAGCUGGCUCGUCAUGUCAACACCGGGCAACUGGUUGCUGUCAAGAUGAUUGACAAGACAAAACUCGAUGUCAUGGCAACAAGCCACCUCUUACAGGAAGUGAGGUGUAUGAGGCUGGUGCAGCAUCCCAACGUGGUCCGCCUCUACGAGGUCAUCGACACACCCACCACCCUCUACCUGGUCAUGGAGCUGGCCGAGGGGGGCGACCUCUACGACUACAUCCUCCGCCAUGAGGGAGGCGUCGCUGAGGGCACCGCCAAGCGACAUUUCGCACAGAUUGUGCGUGCUGUGGCGUACUGCCACCAGCUCCACGUGGUGCACCGGGACCUGAAGCCCGAGAAUGUGGUGUUCUUUCCCCAGCAGGGGGCGGUGAAACUGACAGACUUUGGAUUCAGCAACUUAUUCCAACCCGGGACGAUGUUGGCCACCAGCUGUGGGUCGCUGGCAUACUCCGCUCCAGAGAUCUUGCUGGGAGAAGAGUAUGAUGCUCCAGCUGUGGAUAUCUGGUCUCUGGGGGUGAUCCUGUACAUGUUGGUGUGUGGCGUCCCUCCCUUCCAGGAAACCAACGACAGUGAGACUCUGGUCAUGAUUCUAGACUGUCGCUACUGCGUCCCUGAGCAUGUUUCAGACGACUGCAGAGAUCUGAUCUCCAGGAUGCUCCAGAAGGAUCCGUCCCGCCGCGCCUCGCUCGAGGAAAUCGAGGCUCAUCGCUGGCUGCAGGGGCUGGAUAACGCUCUGCUCAGCCCAGAGGCCCCGCCACACUGGCUCUCAGGGGCCCUCUCUCCCAGCUCUCCCCGCUCAGGAGUGCCUGAGUGUGGGGACCUGCUCGCGGCAAGGCCCGCCCCUCAGCAGGCUUUCCGUGGACCCUGGCAGCCCAGCCUCAGCUUAACACUCCGUCCACCUCCGGCUGAAGAACCUCCAGUCACAAAGAACCUACCUGCGCUACAGCAGAUAUGUGAGGAAGAAGAGGAAGAAGAGGAGGAGGAGGAGGAGGAGGAGGAGGAGGUGGAGGUGGAGGAGGAGGGAAGUUUGGUAAAAGAGGGUGAAGGUUUGGCGUCUUUGUCAGUGGCAGAGAGAGAAGCUGUUGGGAUGCUCGAUGAAGCAGAUGAUCAAGAGUGCAGGGCAGAGGAACAAAAAGAAUUAGGAAGCUCAGUGGAGAUAAUGGAGGAGGAAGAGGAGGAGAAGGAAGAGAUGGUGGAGAUGGAGAUAGAGAAAGAAGGCAGUGGGUGUGUGAUUUCAGACCAGCCAGUCAGUCAUGGAGACCAGCCGGUCACGCAGAGACCUGAAGUCCCACCAUCGUCUCUGCCUGGUCUGGUGGUACCGUGCUGUCAGGGGGAGCCAGACUCCACAAGCCCAGAGGAAGGAAAGGACGAGGAGACAGAACCCAACAACAACACCAACAAACCUCCUCUCCUCCUCUCCUCCUCCGUCCCCGCCAUCCCUGUGUCCUCUGCCACACUCAUCCUGAACGAGAAGGAGGCACAGAAAGCAGGAAGAGAAGGAGAGCAAGACGUGAAAACAGACGAGGGUGGAAGAGAUGACCUCGUAACAGACAGAUCCCACAAUGCACUGGGGACCCGGGAUGAGGCUGCCCCGAAGACAGAGCAGGGGAAACGACAUAGCUUAAAGUUGCGUGAGAGACUUUUUCAGUUCCCUCUGUGUGAGAAAGCUCUGGCCUUCAACAUACCGACAAACAACAAACCCAAGAUCCUGCCGCUGGCUCAGUACAACUGCUGCCAUGUGCUAUAAGUGAAAGCAGCCUGGGAUGUGCUACUCACUUGGGACACACAGGCUGUUUAGCAGUGGGCAGGUGGCUGGCUACAGAGCACAAACCUUGUGAGGUGGCAAACCCCUGAGCUCCCUGUUGAGCCUUUCUGCUGCAGAGACCUUGAGGCACGAGAGCAAAGGCCCUCAGCAGCCGUGUACAGCUUCACACCCACAGACACUCAAUCCUAGUGUUGUUCUGAUGUUAUAAACAUGUGGUGUACAGCACCGUAGUCAGACUUAGUAGAACCUCAUGCAUUUGCUGCUGUGUACAGGAGCAACCAUAGAAUUACAAUGACUAGACGGUGUCCAAUCGGUAGCUUAGAAACAAUACGGGACCUACAGAAAGAGAAUGAUGGCUGCAGCAGUUUUUAUUGAAUAAGCUAUAGUCUGUUUUGUUUGUUUAAAAGGUGCCUACAACGAUAAAAUGGGUUUCAUACUCUACAUGGCCACUGUGUCAUUUAGGCUCUGACUGUAAAAAUCUCUAAAAGUCAGAAUGGUCUAGCACUCAGUAAAUCCAUGAUUUCAUAUUUUAUAAUAUAUGAAUUAGAAUAAACUUUGAACCAGCUUCUGCUACAGAGUAGCACUCCCUUCCUCUUACCCUUUGCACAACCUGCUUCUCUCAUUGGUUCAAAAGCUCUACUAUAAGCUCUAUUGAAUAAAGAUAGACUGUUAUGAUAUGAUAUGAUAUGAUAUGAUAUGAUACUGUGUAAUAUAUGCCUAAGACUGAGAUGAUGAUAUGAUUUUCUGUUCUCUUAAUCCUAAAGUCUUAUUGAUAUGAUGACUUGUCCUAACAUACUGUAUAAUACUGUUGAUAGGAUCAUUGAUUGGGAUGCAGGUCUUCCAUUGUAUUUUGAACUCUUUCUUUUUAACUAUACUGAACAGUUUAAUAUUUGAUCAUACCAGUUUUAUUUUGGAUGCGCAGAUAUGAAGUUCCUUGAUUUUUUGUAUAACGUGACAAAGAUAUGAAUUCUCUGAAGGGAUAUGUGACUUUGUGCAUGUUAUUACUGUUAUUUAUCACAAUAUACCUCCAUGUGUCUUGGAUCUAACAGGACAUUGCUCUUGUGUAACUGUUAAGUACCUUGAUGUAACCCACUGAACGAUGAAUUGCACACAGUACGACUACUGGUAGCUGGUAGCUUUCCACAAGCAGUAUCCUGGGACUGAUGGGUAGAUUUGUUGGUCAUUUAGACCAAAUGGUAGUCAUAUGUUAUUGUGUAGCAGAGGAGUCUCUCCAUAUGGUUUUAUUUGACUAUAUAAUGCCUCUGUGUGUUUCUGUAUUUUUGCAUACACACUGUAUUUUCCCUCCGUUGAAGCUGGGACGAGAAGUGUAACAUUUUGAAAAGUUAAAGAAGGUCAAAGUUGUACAAUAAGCUACAUCUCUACACGUAUAGGUCACUAACCACAGCUUAUUUCUGUCAGUCACUGCAGUUUCAUGGGUACAACAAAUUGGAUUUUUAACUUGCAACCUGUGAUCCCUGUGGUCCCUGUGAGCGGAUGUCACAUGAAAUCUGAUUUUCACUCACAUUUCAUUAACCAUGGAAGCAUAAAAUCUGUGCAGAAGAGGGAUAAAAUCCCAUUAUUUGUUCCUGUAUGAUUGCAGCCUGUCUCUCCUCAGUGUGUCUGUGUCUACUGACCUGCAUUGUAACUAGGACCACGUCUCUAUGGAGCCAUGAACUUAUUUUUUCUCUAUUUAUUUAUUAAAAUGGAUUAAAUCAA